AUGGCCUCUUCAAAAACAAACGACACAGGCGCGGAGAACGAUGCCGUCGCCGAGGACUAUGCCGUUGCCGAGCACGAUGCGGUCGCGGACCAGUCCCAGCAAAAUACACACAUACCUCACCCCCACAAUCGCUCCAGCUCCGGCGAUGAAUCCCUAGAUGUUCCUGUACCCGACUUUGCCCAUCCUCAGACAGCAGCUUCCUCCCCCUCUGACGGCCGGAGCAGUAACAACAGUAAUGUGCAGGGCUCAUUGACCUCUUCCCCCUUAUCACCAACAAUGACUUCAACCGUUCUCGAGCCACCGGCCCUUGCACCACCCAUCCUCAAUCUACCUGCCUUUACACCAACCCCCGUUGAAGAACCACCGUAUCAGCCGGAUAACGAAGAGACUUACGGCUACUACCAUGGCCUUCCUUCUUGCCCUCUCUUGGUCGCUCGAUCCAGUGGACAGCCAUGGAGAAGCCAACUGCCCGAAUACCCUUUCCCCCGGACGAAGACCCUCGGUGUUGUCGGCAAGCAUCCUAUUCGGGACGCAUGGGAUGCGAAGCUUCAGGCAGAGAUCAUCGAGGCUUUGGGGACCACCAGGUGGACCUCUAUCGAUAUCCUGCGAAUCGGCUACGCUGGUCUGGGUGAAAGUAAAGGCCCUCUCCCUGUGGUGCUCUGGAUCGGCGUUCGCCCAGGAAGCCUGACCUGGGGUGAUGGGAUAACCAUUGUCGAAGCAUGCGUCGCAAUUCUAAGGCGUGAAAAACUCAUCGACGUUCAGUGCGAGAUUAGGGAGUCAGCAGUUCAUGCAUCUGCACGACCAUCACCCAGAUAUUCAUCAUCCCCAUCUCUUCCAUCCGUGCUGGCUACAUCUCACCUUCCAUUCACCGCAUCUCCGGGUCAAUCGAUCAACCCUGUAGGAUCCAGCAUUCAUGGCACUCUCGGUCUCUACCUCCAACCUGGCGAAAACAAUCCAUAUCGGGAGAGCGUAUGGGCUGUUACUUGCAGACACGUCGUCAUUCCUGAUGAAGACAAAGAUCGAAAAUAUGAGUACAAGCCUACUGGCCAGCCGUGUGUUGAUAUCCUGAUACCAUCAGAUAAAGCUCUCGAGAAAAUCACAAGCGCAGCUGAGGUCGUCCUGAACUCGAGUUCUUUCCUGAUAAGAACUCUCGAGGAGUCGGCGCGGGGCACAGUCGAACAACAUCCGCAGUUGGACAAAGAACGUCUCCAUCUGCGAGAAUGUAAGGACUUUGUGGAAAAAAUUCUACCCAAGUGGCAAAGCACAACGAAUCGUACACUCGGCUAUGUCAAAAUUGCCCCUCCUAUCCAGACGUCUCUGUCUAUGAACCCGUCAUUGGAUCUGUUUGGACCACGCCGCGACUGGGCUCUGAUAGAGGUCGAUAAAGCCAAACAUCCAGAAGCGGUAGCAAAUACUGUCGAUGCUGUGACUGGGCUCAUGCCGGAAGCGCUCAACUAUCGCUCUAUGUUAAUCCGUCAUUUGGAGACUUAUAAGCAGGAUUCACGCCCCGGGCAGCCAUUCGACGGAAAACUGCUGCGCCUUGGACGGGUAGUACCAAUCGAGGAGCUGCGGGCGCCAAAAAUGCGUGAUCCACAAGAAGAUCCUUGCCUAAUUGUUGGCAAGAGAGGCGGAGUAAGUGAUAUGACAUGGGGAUACCUCAACGGGCUCAAAUCGGUUUGUUGGAACGACGACAACACAAAAUCCAUGGAAAUGUGCGUAGUUACAAGCACCAAGAAAAAGGCUUUCUCCGAGGAUGGAGAUUCCGGGUCAGCUGUCUUCGAUGUCACUGGCAGGGUUGUUGGAAUCUUGGUUGGCGGUGCCAAAGGGCCGUGCGACAGAGAGUCGCUGGACGUUACAUACGUGACUCCGAUGGCGUGGCUGCAGAAGGACAUGAAGGAUUGUGGGUACGGUGUUGAAAUUGCAUAG